CCAGGCUGUGAAUGCGCGGGCUCGAGCUCGCUCGCUCGCUGCUUGGUUGAUGACCCGGAUGCUCAGUGCGCGAGCGGGAGAGAGAGGCACCAGAGGCGGUCUCCUCGAGCGCGCCGGUGGGAGAGCAGAGGCGAGGACUGCGCGCGUCCCCUUUUCCUUCCUCAUUAACGGCUCGGCGUUCGGAGAGCGGCUCGUGCGGGGUCCGUUGGAGGGGAGGGCGGAUUGAGCUAGAGGUGGCUGGGCGGGCGAUGGAGACGGGGUGUAGGUGUUCGCCUGUCGCCGCUUCCACCAUCAUCGCGGGGUGAGAGACUUGUUUUUAUAUAUUUCUUUCCGCUGAAAUGCAUCAGGUGUUUCUCAAUGCAUCCCUGAAGUGACCCUGGGAGUCCCUGGCUUGUGACUGACGCUGUGAAGAAAGUAAAUUUGAGAAAGCAAUGAAUAUGCUGAGUGAAUUCAGAAAUGUCGAAGCAUGAGGUUGAGGACUUGCAUCUUUUGAUUCUGAAAAGCUGAAGAAAAUUGAUGGUCCCCAGCUUGAGUUGUUGUAGAAGGUUCUCAUGGAUGAAGGAGGUUCACAUUCGAUUGGUACAACAGAGAAAAAUGGCUCUCCCAAGGAUGUAGAAAAACCCGGUGCAACCAAUCGUCUUUCCUCAUUAAUUUCUGAUGAAAAUGAAAAUCGGAUUCGUGAGACACAGAGUUCACCAUUCACGAAUGACAGAAUGGGAGGAUUUGAGCAGACCGAGCAAGAUGUAAUCAAUAACAAUGAUGAUAACGAUGAUAAAACUGGCUUUGAGGUUACACAAAAUAACUGCAUGGAUGCAGGUUGUGAGAUUUCGAACAGCAUUGCUAAUCAGACCGCUGAACUUCCACAAGGGAUAGAAACAGUUAGGACUUGUGAUUCAGAAAUGGAAAGAAAUCUGAAAACUGCCACUUCUGGAGCCUCAGAGGAAACCACAGACAACUCUUCAGAGUUUUUAUGUAGAUCACUGAACACAGUUUUGUAUGACAGAAGUUCUCAACUAGAAGUAAACUGUCAGCAAGUCGACAGGAAAAGACUUCUUCAGACUCUGCUGAGCUCCGUUCAGAGAGAAACAGAGUUAAAUGAUUCCUAUAGACUGCCAUAUUAUCUUCAUCAGAUUGCCGAGAUCUAUUUUGAUGAAGAAGAAUAUGAAAAAGCAAUACAGUUCAUUCAGCUGGAAAAGCUGUACCAUCAAAAAUUUCUGGCAAACCUUACUGCUAUUCAGGAGGGCUGGGAAGUGAAACAGAAGGCAGCAAUCGCAAAGGAGGUGACAGAAGGGAGGUCUGUUAAAGCUUUAGAUGACAAAAUAGUGAAGCUCUCAGAAUUCUGUGCAUCACACUCUAGACCAAAUCUAUCUGAAGACAAGGGAGAAGAUGCUUACAGGAAAGAUACUGUGGAAUGCAACUCACGUUUUACAGACCAGCCUAUAGCUACAUCAAGAGAGCAAAGUGCAGAAUGUGAAGAUGCAUCAUUGGAAUUCGCGAAGGACAGGAAAAAAGAUUGUCUUGCAUCUGUACGGAUUGCAUUAGCUGUGGAUAAAAGCACUGAGAGAGACUCUGCAAUGUAUUAUGCUGAAUCAUCGCUGGACGAACAAGUGGAAGCAGACAGAGCAAAGGGCAUGAUGCACUUUGAUAUUGAGACAGAACAUUUGUCCUCUGCAAACACUGAAAUGGAUAAAAGCUGCUUUCAGUUACAUGCUACUAUGCCUUGCAAGGACAUAGUAACUCGUGCACAACAAAUCGAGUCAGAGGGUUUCUCAGAAGCAGGAGGUGUUAUACAUGCUGGUCCAUUAUUCCAUGCAGAGGAAACUGAAAAUCUACAUGGUGAUUUGAAAUUUGCUGGCAAAACUACUGAGGAAAAUGUGCAAACACAGUUGUUGGAAUGUAAUAAACCUAUCAAAUUCAUUACAGAUGGCCUGGCUGUGUCCAAACAAAGCAAUCAUGUAUUUCAAAAACAUGUUGAAAGUGAUUCCAAUGAUUGUGUAAAUAAGGAAACUAUGUCCGGUAAUUCAGAAGAAAGUAUGAGGAUAGAUGACCAAGCAACAAAGCAAAACCAGACUGAUGUUUUGAAUGAAAUAAAUGAAUAUGAACAAAUCUCAGAAAAAGUAGCCUCAAAAGCAGAGGAGGAAAUUCAGUGCAAUGCGGCACUUAAUGAGAAUCGGAUGUCAUACGAAGGUUCAGAGAAGUGGGGGGAGGAUGAGUAUGUUGAAGCAUUCUGCAACUCUGUACGGGGCAUUGUAUCACCUGGUCAGAAAAAUGAUACUGAUGAGUUAUUGCAAUUGAAUGACAGUUCACUUUCUUUGGAUGAACUUGCUAAAAGGAUACAGAUAGAAGAGAAUACCCACCCAGAGGGUCUUGUGUCCAUACUUAAAAAAAGAAAUUUGGACAAAGAAAUCACAAGGGUGCAACAGAAGCAGUCAAAGAGGAGAGUAAGAUUUCAGGAACCCCAAGACACACUAGAGCAAGAUGAAGUAAAUGGAGAUUCCUGCCUCCUUUUAGUUCUAUUGUGCAUUGUCACAGUACUUCUGAGUGUCGGAGGAACAGCACUUUAUUGUACAUUUGGUGAUCUGGACUCCAGUGUAUGCAGAGACUUCACAACACAAAUGAACUUCUAUUAUGCUCAGUUCCAACAAGGUGUUGAGAAAGUGAAGCACUGGCUGUUAUUUUCCUAAAAUGACGUAUCUACUUAAAUAGAAUUGAAGUAAUUAUGUAAGUAUUGGUUCAGAAGGAUUAGAUGGAAAACUUGAUAAUCUUGUUGUACAUGCUGCAAUGCAAUAACUGCUGUGAAAUGCAACAAUCACUAGGACAUAACACAGCAACGUCACAGCUGGAGUUUUGGCUCUCAACAAAUCAUAGCUUGGCGUGGCAAGAAAGGAUAAAUAUGCAACUCCAUUAAAGAUGUUUGUGAAAUGUGGGAAUAUAGACUUGCCAGUCACUUACAGAAAAUUAGCUUUUGUGUAAUUUAUCUUUUAAGGGUGACUGGUGAAUAUUCAUCAUACAGAUGUGAAUAAACAUUUUUGUAC